GCCUUCCCCUUUCCCUCCCCCAAACACUCCUUUCCAUUUCCCGACACAACACUCCCAUCGCCACAAUCAUCACCACAAUCACCACCAUCGUGUUUCCUAAUCUCGUUUCUGCUGCUCCUCUCCGACGAUCCUCAUUACAGCUAUUCACAUUUUCCAAACGAGGUGGACCCGCCCGGCCUUUCCUCGCCUCAGCUCUCUUAAACCAAAAGUAAGCACACCACUCCCCCUACGACGACGAUGAAGCAGCGGCGACAGGAAACGGUACUGAGGACUUGAGUCCUGGAACCUCUCAUUUUGCUGUUAAAACACCUUACGCUUUCGGCUUACACGGAAUCCUAGAUUUUUUCUCCACCAUAUUUCGACAUGCCUGUCUCUGUAGGUUCGGCCAUGAGCUCCUCUCUUCCAUCGCUCUCGCCCUCGCCUCAAGAAUCGGGCUCUACAUCGUCUGGCGCUCCAUUCGUGCCGGCACCGCCCCCACCACCUCCACCAGCUCCCCCCGUCAAGGAGCGCAAGAAGCCUGGUCCAAAACCGAAGCCAAAAAUUCCCCCUUCGAAGAUCAUCAAGCUUAAACUCAAGCCCGAGAUUUUAGCUACCUUUCCUCAUACACCUGCUGGAAAUGAUAAGUCCGCUCAGGAUUCGUCUCCUCCAACAGCGCAGGUCUCGCCAGGCAGGGAAGGUUCCUCGCCAGUUAAUUCAGAUGUGAACCUAGCCCAAGCACCGGAGAGACCUCGAGGAAUCCCCGGCCCAAAGCCUGGGUCUAAGCGAGGAAGACAGCCAGGUGCAUUACUCGGGAAGCCCGGGCGAAAGAAGACAAAGCUGUAAGUGUCCACUAUAGCCAUGAUGCGUUAUAUACUCGAGAGGGAUAGAGAUAGCUGAUUGCCCAAUUUGCCGUAGUGACCCCAACGCCUCCCCAGCAUCUUCGAUGAAUGGCAUGUCCCAUCAUGCCAACCAUGGAAAGCUGGGACCUAAGGCCAACCAGGGCGCAAUCAACGCGCAGUUGCGUGCUCUCGAUAGGACCGGAAAGCCUUGCAAGCGGUGGUCCAAGGCCACGUUCUGUUUAAAGUCAUUCACUGGCGUCCAAUGGACGAUCCCAACUUGGGGUGCCCCUAUAUCUGACCAAUCGGCCCCUCCUACCCCACCGGCGGGAAGUCAGAUGGAGGAAGUUUCGGCUGCGCCUUCGGUCACAUCAGAAACACCGGAGAUCAGAGUCCAUGCCGACGUGGAUGUGAUGAACGUCGAUAGCGAAUUCCCCGCCCAGCCGUUCGUUCCGAAUCAGCAGUCACUAAUGGUAUAAUCUUGAAAGAAACAAACAACAAGAAACAUGUCCUGGGUAUUGGUAUGCACGCUCCCUACUGAUUAACCUCAUGUUGCUCGACCUACUAACCUCCUACUACAAGACCAUUCGUCGCCCAUAGUUUGCAUUACCGUGCACAACUUAAUACGUUUUGCGCUCUGUAUCAAUAAUAAUUCACACGCCGGCCUUCUACUUACCUUUCCUCCCAGAAGUUGCCUUUUUCUGUCGAAAACGACUAGACAGCCCAUGCCCUUUUCCUCCUGGCCUUACCUGCCUUGCCCACUUCACUGGCUACUUAAAAACCCUUGGGAUCAAACUGGCGUUAUUCGAUUUCUGUUUUAUCAUUGUCAUCGCUCACUAAACCUUCGCUCUCCUACUUCAUUUCUUGUUCGCCAUUAGCGAAUAACUUGCUCGACUGAUGUACUUACCUGGUUACUGCUUACCUAUCUACCAAAUAACUUGUCCUUUUCCUUCCUUCUCCUUUCCUUUCUCUUUCCCGGUAAAUACAGAAAUGGGAUUUUGUCUUGGCGUUCAUAUCAUUCUUUCUUCCUUUCUACCUUUUCAUACUUGACCACUGGAAACAACGAUAGCGGGCUGUAUCCUUGAGGGGCUUCCCGUUCUUUCUCUCAUUUUUUACUUCAAUGUUUUUCCUUUUUCCGUUCCCUGUUCUGCCGCUCUCUCCCCAUCCCUCUUUUCUAUCUCUCUUUUUCUUUUGUUUGUUUGUGGUAGUAUUUCGGUCCGUUUGUACUCGUAGGUUUACGCUUUAGAUGGGGGGGGGGGGUAUUGGUAUGGUAUGGUUAACUGGCUUAUUUUGGGAUUUUCCUUUUUUCUUC